UUCAGGUUAUAUAUGUUAGGCUAUUCUGUGUUAAUAAAAUACGUAUUUUGUAUCCUGUUCUUAUCUGUCAUAGCAUAAAAGUAAACUGACAUCUAAAGCUUUUAACCAGGCAUGAUGGUGUUAGGAUUGGAAUGGGUGGAGAUUGUUGAGCCAAGAACUAAAGAGAGGAUGUAUGCAAAUCUUGUCUCUGGUGAGUGUCUAUGGGAACCACCACCAGAUGUAAAUGUUAAACAUUCAUCAGAUGAUCAAUGGUGGGAAUUGUAUGAUCAAAAAAGCUGUCGCUUUUAUUAUUUCAAUGCAAGCUUACAAAAGACAGUGUGGCAUCGACCGAAAGAUGCAGAUAUUGUCCCACUGGCUAAGUUACAAACCAUUAAAGAACAAACUUCGCAAAACAGUGUCAGGAGAGAUGAUAAUAAAUUGGUAAAACACAGACGAACAACUGGAUCCAGAGGUAGCACUGGCAAACAUGUAGCAAGAAAUGAAUCAACAAGCAGUGAUAGUGACAAUUUAUCAGCAAGUCAACGAGCACAGGAUAUCCAUAAAAGAAGGCAUCGAACAUCUGGUGGAAAAGUACGAAGAUCUGGUGAUUCUCAGAUUUCAGCAACAGGCAACUCUGAACAAGUGACAAGUUUUUCAAGAACAAAUCCAACAUAUGAAAACGUGACCCUUCCUGUGCGAACCAAUAGUUUAAAAGACGAUUCACGAACUGCUAAUUCUUCUCUUGUGUCAGAUGAGCAAGGCUCUCUAGAUUCGUCGGAAACAAGACCUAAGCAAGCCAAACUUUUACCGGAUAGUGAAUAUAGUGAUGAUAUAUCACCAUUAAACAGUACUAUGCCAGAACUGUCAACCAGCCACACUCCACUAAUGCAUGCGCGGUCUAAAUCACACGAUGCUGUUAAUGAUGGAGAUGUAUUACUACGACACAAUGAAUCCUUGACUGAUCGAAAUGAAAAUGACCGCAUGUCAUCUCUAUCAAAGAGCCAAAGUUUUCCACAACACAGUGCACCUGCCAAAAAAGACUUCCGAGCUUCUAAGAAGCGACCAUCAGAUGUAUCAAACAUGGAAUCCUUUGCUAAAUCGAACCUGAAUGUUCAUAAACGUGGUUUACUGCGUAAGAAAAUCACCAUUCACACCAUGCUUUCAUGGACCAGAGAUACCAUUAAAAAACCAAUGAUUAUGACCAAAGAUAAACAUACAAAGAAGGAUGCGUGUGAAACUUUCAAAUUGAUUCAAGCGUACAUGGGAGACAAAAAGGUGAAAAAGAUUGAGAAAUUUGAGAUCGCUCUUGAUGUUAUUACAAAGGGUUGGCAAGGCACAGGUUUAAGAGAUGAAAUAUAUAUCCAACUAUGUCGACAAACGACUGGUAACCCGAAACCUGAAUCAAUGGAACGUGGUCUCGAGUUGAUUGGAAUGUGUCUCGCCUUCUUCCCUCCUUCCACCAAGUUUUAUUCUUAUCUUGAAGGAUAUAUUUGCACACAUCUUGACAUGCAGGAUUCUGCAGGAGUAAAUGUUUCUCAUUACGCUGAAGUGAGUUUUAAGAGACUGGAGAAAAUAAUACAAACUGGAGCAAAAAGAGGUCAGAAAAAACCUACACUUGAUGAAGUUGUUCAAUCCCAACGUUCUAUUUUCAACCCAUCCAUGUUUGGAAACACAUUAGAUGAAGUUAUGGAACUACAGAUGGAUAAGUAUCCAAACCACAGACUACCGUGGAUCCUCACAACAUUAUCAGAACAAGUUUUAACACUUGGUGGGAAUAAAACAGAAGGAAUUUUCCGAGUUCCAGGUGACAUAGAUGAAGUGAACAUGCUAAAAGUUCAAAUUGAUCAAUGGAAUGUUCCAGACACAUUACGUGAUCCUCACGUUCCAGGUUCGUUGCUGAAGUUGUGGUAUCGUGAGCUUGCUGAACCACUUAUACCAGCAGAGUUUUAUGACGCAUGUGUUGAAAGCUAUAAUAAUCCGAAUGAUGCAGUUAACGUAGUUUACAGUUUGCCGGAUAUUAAUCGCCUCUGCCUCACCUACCUCAUUCGCUUCCUUCAGAUAUUUGCACAACAUGAACAUUCGAAAGUUACCAAAAUGGAUGCGAACAACCUUGCAAUGGUGAUGGCUCCCAACUGCCUCCGAUGUGAGAGUAAUGAUCCCCGGAUCAUCUUUGAAAACACUCGUAAAGAGAUGUCUUACAUCCGGACCUUGGUGCAACAUCUUGAUACCUCCAGUCUUGAUGGGGUUAUAUGAGACAACAUGUUGUAUAUCUCCACAGGUGCCUGUGUAUGCUCACUUGAAUACAUCUAACACCCAAAAUGGAAUCAUAUUGUUCACAGGAUUUAUUCUUUUUCUUAAUAAGUGGACAUGAACAACUUAUGUUGUAAAAUCAGAGCUUGAAUUUUUGAAAGACGUACUUCUAACUCUAUACAUUAAGAAUUUGCUAUUUCAACUGUAUUGGGGUUUUAGCGGCAAACAGAAACUUUAAAAAUCAUUUCAAGUUCAUUGUUUCUAAAUCCAAGUCUUUUUAAACUAUUCAAACAACUUUUUAGUGCCCAUUCCAAAUGUUAAGUACCCGUUAUUACUGAAAAAUUAAAUUUGCAAUUUCUUUUUGUUGCUACUGCUUAUAGCAUGGUGAAUCAUUUGAACAUGGUUUCAAAGAUGAUGUUUUCUCUGCUAAGCCUGAAACAGGCAACAUCUUAGCUUGCUUGACAGUGUUUGUUGAAGUGUUGUGCAAAAAUAAUUUGUUUAUUUUGAUUGUUGUCUUAUUCACUGUGUUUUGCUGGCGCGAUCAUUUUCUUCCAUCAUUUUAAGUGGCUUUUCUCACCAAAUAAAGUAUUCAGAUUAACU